AAUGAACCAAUCAGGGACCUCCUUUCAUUGCAGGUACCCGGAUGUACCCGUGGGGCAAUUAGCUACGUCAUUGUUCACCGCCGGACACCCGCUGGAAAUAAGGAAUGGAUUUACAACCGCUAUUAACGUAUUCAUAACAUAUUUUAGCAAUGAACAAUGACCAUAGUUGACAGAUCUUCAGAAAAGUCUGACCACGAGUCAGUCGGGUGUAAGCGAACUCCCUUUACCAGUGGAGACGUGGGGAUGGACGGCAGCUGUUCCAGCAGCUGGGCAAUGGGAAAUCCCACGAUGCCCAGCGACUCUCCGAGGCUGAAGGCUGCGGGAGGCUGCCUGGGUCCAACGCCUGGAGCUGCAGUCUACAACAGUACACCCUCCUCUGCAGACCGGCCCAAGGAGCAAGUGAUAAGCAGUGGUGAUGGCAUUGACUCGCCCCAGAAGGUCCUCUUCCCUCCAGAGCGGCUCAACCUGAAGUGGACCCAGGUUCAGCGCAUUGGUGCAGGCCUGCAGAACAUGGGGAACACCUGCUUCCUCAACUCAGCCCUGCAGUGUCUUACCUACACCCCUCCGUUUGCCAACUACUUGCUGACACGGGAGCACUCCAAAACAUGUCACGAGCCGGGGUUCUGUAUGAUGUGCACCAUGCAAAAUCACAUCAUUCAGGUUUUUGCAAACUCUGGGAAUGUCAUCAAGCCCAUUGGGGUGCUCAAUGAGCUCAAACGGAUUGCUAAGCACUUCCGCUAUGGAAGUCAGGAGGAUGCCCAUGAGUUCCUGCGGUACACAGUGGAUGCUAUGCAAAAGUCCUGCUUACCUGGAACCAAAUUGGACAGGCAAACGCAGGCAACCACUUUCAUCCAUCAAGUCUUUGGCGGGUACCUAAGGUCCAGAGUUAAAUGUUUAAACUGCAAAGCAGUCUCCGAUACAUUUGACCCUUUUUUGGAUAUAACUCUUGAAAUUAAGACAGCUCCCAGUGUCUCCAAGGCUCUGGAGCAAUUUGUCAAGCCAGAACAGCUGGAUGGAGAAAACGCCUACAAAUGCACAAAGUGCAAAAAAAUGGUCACAGCCUCAAAGAGAUUUACCAUCCAUCGCAGCUCCAAUGUGCUCACUCUCUCACUCAAACGCUUUGCAAACUUCAGUGGAGGCAAAAUCACAAAGGAUGUGAAAUAUUCAGAGUACCUGGACCUGCAGCCCUUUAUGUCUCAGUCUCAAGGGGAGCCCCAGGUCUACGGGCUGUAUGCUGUGCUGGUCCACUCUGGAUUCAGCUGUCAUGCUGGGCACUACUUUUGCUAUAUUAAGGCAAGCAAUGGGCAGUGGUAUCAGAUGAACGACUCCUCUGUGUCUGUCAGUGACAUCAGGUCUGUUCUCAACCAGCAGGCGUAUGUCCUUUUCUACAUAAAGUCCAGUGAUGUGAAAAAAACAGGGGACUACAGCCACAUGAGCCAUAACCCGGGCGUCCCUGGUCGGUCGUCUCCACGACCGGUGGUGAUACCACGCAUCAACACCACCGUCCACCAAAACAACAUUGGCUUCAUCGGUCCCCAGCUGCCACCCCACAUGACCAAGCGCACGCUUCAAGUUAAUGGGAAUGGAUCUCUGAGGGCCUAUCCCGCCAACUCCAAGCCCAGCACUAGCAGCAGUGUUGUGGGAAGCCAUGGACUGGCAUCUUCCGCUUCUUCCAUCUCCCACUCAAUCAGCCGACCCACAAUGAUCCCAGACCACGACAAGCGCCAGAAGCUUUCAUUCUUCAUUGGACAAAGCAAGCCAAACCGGCCGUCCUCCUCCUCGUCCUCUUUCAGCCAGCCGUCCUCUGCCGCCAGCAGCAGCAGCAGCUCAUCCUCCUCAAGCUCUUUAUCCUCCUCUCAGUCUACCUCAGACGUUCGCUUUGUUCCACGUCAGCUUAACCACAUUAACGGCACGUCUUGCAGAAACGGGAACCACCACACAGGAGGGAAUGGAUCGUCAUUCUUGGUGCCAUACGGCCAAGAGUCUUCAGAGGAAUCGGACCAGGAGAACUCUGGCACUCUUGAUAACGGCGGUUCAGCCAAGUCUCGCUUUAAUGGAAACGGCAGAACGGGAGAGGCCUUUAAUAAUUCUCCUCAAGCCACCAACGGAGAGUCGGGAGUUCACCACAACGGUAACAGAUUAAAUGGACCAACCAAUGGCGUGUCUAAAUCCAAUCAAAAUGGGCAUCAUUAUGGACACCGCAAAGUGAAUGGUCACAACGUCCCUGAAAAAGUAAAUAUCUCUGGCAGUAAUCAUGGCAGUUCAUCCAGUGCAGCUACUGUAGCUGCUGAUGGACUAGAUAGUGACCAAAGUGAAACAAGCAAAGAGGUCCGUCAUUCUUCUUCUUCAUCCCAGGCCAGUUCUUCUCAGAGUAUCCAUCCUGCUGCCAGUGAAAGCCUACAUCUCCCCACACCUGACACAAGGGCUAAAACGGUGUCUGAACCCCUGCCUCAGCCUACAGCAUCCGCCUCUGUUAGCUCUCUACCUUCAGCUACUGCUACAAAGACCCAUUCUGUCACAUCUAGGGAAUCUGUUUUCUCUUCUGCCCAGCAUGGCAACCCUGCGGCCUUAUGCAUCCCGCCAGACUGCUCCCAAAGCACCAAUGGGGUCUCUGCAGCUCCACAGAAGGUUAGCAGAGGUGGGGUGGAAGCAAAGGAUUCACCACAGACCAGUGAUACGUCAGCAGGCACUGAAAGACACACAGAUGCUAAGGAGCAACACCAGUCCAAGCCCAGUUCUAGAGGCAAUGAAGGACAAACUUCCAGAGACAGGGACCGAGACAGACUGUACUCUGACUGGCGCAGAGACAGGGAGAGACACGACAAGGAGAGACACUACAGGGACAGGAGUGGAGACAGUGACGGUGAUCGCCAUCGGCACAGACGGGACUCCCGAGAUCCCCACCAUCGCUCGUACAGGGAUCGUAUGCCUCCUUACGAUCGUUCCUACAGGGACUGGGAUUCUGAGCGUCGCUGGGAGCGGAACGUCCACCACCCCAGGGAGCGUGAUCGUGACAGGUGUUCUCACCAUUACCACCACUAUCAUCACCACCGGUCCAGAGAGGACUGGGACCGUGAGCGGAGGGGACACGGUUAUCCCUAUCGUGAAGAGUCUCAUAGUCGUGGGCGGUGGCAGAAGGAGUGUCGAGAACCCCGGGUGAUGAAGGACAAUUGCAACGGCAGGGAGAGGGACUACUGUCCGUCAAAGGAGGAGUCUUCCUCGCCUGCCACAGAAGGAGAAACCUCCACAAAGUCCAAGGACUCGCCUCCUCGGGCUCGUCUCUCCACGUUUGAAUCGGCUCCAAACAGGGAGGACCAGAAUCGCAAGGUGAGGGACGACAGUUCUGAGGCCCGCUGCUCUAAAAAACACAAAAAGAGCAAGAAAAAGAAGAAGUCAAAGGAUCAAGACAGACACCGCGAAAGCAGAAGCUCCGAAGUGGACUCGGACAGAGCCGCUGAAACAAAAAGGAAGAAGAAGAAAAAGAGGAGGCAGCGGGACAGUGAGGCCGAGCAGCACAGCCCAGGAGCGGCUCGGAGCCACAAGAACAGAAGCAGUGAGGAGAGGGAGAGCCGCAAGCGGCGUUACCAUGACGUCAAGGACGCGAAACAUGACACUGGUUUUUCGCCAGAAAAACGCCGGCGCACAGACUACACUGAUGGCAGCAGUGACCAUCUACUCGCCUCCAUCCACACCUCACACACAAACGGUUCAACUCACCAUCUCAACGGAUACAAAGGAAAUGGUUAUAGCCAAACCAAUGGCGACUCCCACGGAUUCUCCAGUGGCUUGAAACACUGACUACACAUCAACACCAUUUUAACAGCAGAGGAAUGACAUCGACAACGGUUUUGACGUGGUGCUUCUUCGUUGGGAAUAUAUUGUAUUUUUUACCACAACGAAAGUGUUUUAAAUGUUCAGAAAUCUUUUUCUUUCAAGGCAAUGAUUUAUUUGCCGUGAUUCUACUAACUAUGGUUAAAAACAAACUAUCACCCAUUGGACAUUAACGAUGAAAGAUAUUAAUAUAUAUACUUGUAUGAACACAAACAAAGCCUGGAGCUUAAACAUCUCAGCUGCUGCUCAGUGGAACUCAGGACUUGAAAACUUGCAAACAUCCAUCGUGGAUGUCCACCUGCUUCAAAUGAAAAUGAAACUAAAGGGAAACGUGCUGCCGAGGAGAAAAGGCUUCACGUUGGCUGCAAGUUUAAGAUGUCACCAUAUUUACAGAGCCGCGAUGUUUUUGAGUUUUUCCUUUGAUCCCACUGGGAGAGGACAGACUAAUGGAGGGAGAUAUUCAUGAACAGACUGAGGAUUACUCCACAUAAACCCUGGACAGACUUGAGGACAUUUCCCAGUUUAUUUUAGUUAAUUUCUUUUUUCAUUUUUGCUCUGAAGCCUAAGAUUCACUAUGUAAUUUUUAAACUUUUUCACAGAUACUAAGGUUUUUCUCUGGAUCAUGCCUCUGUCACAUUCUUUUUUUUUUUUGUGAAACAUUUGAGGAAAAAAAAAAGCAUAAACAAUAUGUUAUCAUGACUGUGGACCAUUUGUGUUUGCUUUUUAAUGAAAAAUACAGUUUGUGUCUUCUAGCGUCAUAAAAAAUACUGUGAAUUUAAUUUUGGACUGUACUAUCAGUUAUUUUUAUAUGUAAAAAUCCUGUAUCAGGGUUAUCAGUAGAUGUUUGGUUUGUUCUGCUUUGUUUUUAGAAAAAAAAAUCCAUGUUAAUUUUGGCCAUACUCUGGACAAACUAUGGCAAGGAAUAUUUUGGUUUUUUUUUCCCAACAGAAGUUAAAAAA